GAAGUAAAGGCACUUCCUCCUUCCUUCCUACCGCACUGGUUGCAGACAAACCAGUCAGCUUAAAAGGAAGCCGGAUAAUCGUGGCAAUGUGGAUCUAGCAGCUUUGAAGUGACUGUUUCAACUGACUUUUCGGCGUUUCUUUCUACGGCCAAUGACACCGAGUUUAAUCAGGAAAAGGCAUCCAGCUGUGGUGCGUUAGUGAUCCGAGCGCAGCCCUUUCUGCCACAAUGGCUGCGACGUAGCGCAACUUUUGGAUCAGCGCUAGAUGAUCGACAGCAGUGACUUUUACACGAGCAGGAGACACAGAGGAGGAGAAACAUGAAGAAACAGUUUAAUCGCAUGAAGCAACUCGCCAACCAGACUGUGGGAAGGGCUGAGAAAACUGAGGUGCUGAGUGAUGACCUCCUACAUAUCGAAAGGCGGUUGGAACUGGUGCGCUUGGUGUCGCACAACACACACAAGAGGCUGGUGUCAUGUCUGCAGGGUCAGCUGGGCACGGACACAGAGAAGAGACAUAAAAAGUUGCCCCUGACAACGCUGUCCCAGGCCAUGCAGGAGGGAGGCAGUCAGCUUGGAGACGACGGUCUGAUUGGCAAGAUGAUGGAUGUGUGUGGAGAGGCUGAGAGCAGGUUAGCGACUGAGCUGAUGCAGCAUGAAGUUCAGAUCGAGAGAGACAUCCUGGAUCCUCUCAACCAGCUGGCUGAGGUCGAGAUUCCAAAUAUACUAAAACAGAGGAAACAACUUGCCAAGCUGGUUCUGGAUUAUGACUCUGCCAAGACGAGGUGGUACCAGGCAACAAAGUCUAACAACCUGGCUAUGGCAGCUAAAGCCGAUUCUCUCAAAGACGAGAUGGACGAGGCUCUCAACAAAGUAGAAAUAUGCAAGGACCAGCUCUCUGCAGACUUGUACAACUUCGCCUCCAAAGAGGGCGAUUACGCACGCUAUUAUGUCAUGUUAUUAGAGGCCCAGGCAGAUUACCACAGGAGGUCUCUGGCAGCUCUGGAGGCAGCGAUACCGACUAUCCAAAUACAGCAAGAUUCCUGGAUGGAAAAGCCGGCGUUCGGCACGCUGCUGGAGGAGCACCUGAAGAGGAGCAGCCGUGAGAUCGCUCUGCCCCUCGAGGCCUGCGUCAUGAUGCUUCUGGAGACCGGCAUGAAGGAGGAGGGUCUCUUUAGAAUAGCUGCCGGGGCGUCAAAACUGAAGAAGCUAAAAGCGGCGCUGGACUGCUCCACCUCGCAGCUCGAGGAGUUCUACUCCGAUCCCCACGCUGUCGCCGGAGCCCUGAAGUCCUACCUCAGGGAACUUCCUGAACCUCUAAUGACUUUUGGCCUGUACGAUGAGUGGACACAGGCCUCAAAUGUGUCUGACCCAGACAAGAGACUUCAGGCUCUGUGGGUGGCAUGUGACCAUUUGCCAAAGACUCACAAGGCAAACCUCAGGUAUCUGGUGAAGUUUCUGGCUAAACUGGCUCAGGACAGUGAUGUUAAUAAGAUGACUCCCAGCAACAUCGCCAUUGUCCUUGGGCCCAACCUGCUCUGGCCAAAGAUGGAAGGGUCGCUGGCAGAGAUGGCAGCAGCAACAUCUAUCCACGUGGUCGCCAUCAUCGACCCCAUUAUUCAGCAUGCUGAUUGGUUCUUCCCUGAAGAGGUGGACUUCAACGUGUCGGGCAUGUUCGCCUUGCCAACCCACCCACCCACCCCAGACCCUGAGCCCGCCCUGGAUAGGAAACGUCCCGGCAGCCUGCAGGGGCAGGAAGGGGAGAGUCACACCCCCCGUAAAGACAGCACUGUUAACAAACAGCCGGAGCCCACUCCACGUAGAGCCGGCACUGUAAUUAGAAAGCAGCCACAGCUAACCUCACCCACCUUCCACCCCCCACUGCCUCCUCUGGAAGCCGGGGGUCCUGCCCAGCCUGAGCCCCAGCUCCUGUCCUCGGCUGCAGAGGCUGAGCAGCCCCGCCUGAGUGGUGCUAGUAGUGGUGGUGGUGUUGGUGGUGGGCUCCAGGUAGCUACAGUGCAGCCUCAGGUUGUAGCCCAGCUCAGCGCAGAGGAAAGCAGCCCAGCCCGUGAGCUCAUGUCCACCCCCCCUCCCCAGUGGAAUGGUUCGGUCCAUCUCUCAGUAGGCACCCCUCAUUCCCAGGGUGGAUCCAGGGGGCCUAGUCCGCACAUGGUUCGAAGAGGCACCAAGAAGCAGGCCCCCGCCCCACCAAAACAAUUCAGCCCCUUCCUCUCCCAGCCCAGCAACACACAGACAUCCAGCUCCACUCAUCAUCCACCCAUCACCCCCAGACGCCACACCGUCAAAGAAAGCCCUAUCCACGCCCCGAGCCACCCGCCCCCCCAGCCUCCUCCAGCCCAGGGGGGGGAGUCUGAGCCCUCUCCCCCCAGGACUCCCACCCCCCCUGACAGUCCACAUCAUGAAGGGCCGCACUCCAACCAGCAUUCCUUCCACCACUCUGGGUCCCUCCCUCGCCCCUCCAGGCCGGCACCCAAGCCACGCCCCCGACCCAACAUGCCGCCGCCCCCACAACCUGCAGUGAAUGACGCGAAUGGCAUCUUUGGCUCCGCCUCCAAGGUCAUAACAGAUGUCUGAGCUGCUGGUCAGAUGAGCUUUGCAAGGCAGGUAAUGACGGAAACUUUUUCCUAAAGGGGAGUGGACGAGCCUUCAUCCCUGAGGUGAUUGUGGACCAACCAGGGGAGAGCUCUGCUGGUCAAGAGCCCGCCCCCACCCCAGCGCCGCAACCAGACCCUCAGUUCCAGACAGAGUACACAGCUCUGUGAAGAUAAAGAGGGAUCGCUGUCAUCCAAAUGCUCUCUCACUCAGCUGGUCCGUGUAAAAGAUGUUAAUGUUUAGAAUAAAAUAUCAGAAAGGUAACUGAACUCAUUGGUUACCCCAGCUCGUCAUGUUCCACUCAUGUAAAAACAGCUGCCUUUUCUUGUUUUGCUCAAACCAGAACCACAAAACGCCUGUUCAGCUAGUACACUGCAUUUCAAGCGCUCCUUUCGUUUAAACUGCUGGGUAUUCUAAGAUUGGACUGCUGAGCAAUAGCAUCAAGCCUCAAUUUAUACUUAUAAAUAUAAACGCAUACUGUAGCAGCUAAACUGAAAGGGUGCUAAGCUUUCUCUUCACUCUUUUUUUACCACUUAAAGUUGACAAUGCUAUCAAUGUUUUCAGACAAAAAAUUGAGAACCUCGCACGACAUACAGUAGUCAAGAAUAUUUUUUUUGUAUUCAGCAUAGUUGUGGGGAGAGAUUGUAGUAUGAGCCAGUCAUUGCCAGUGAUCUAUUUAUCAGUUUCCAAUUUGUCAAGCUCCAGAGGCUUUUUUAAUAAUUGUCACACACCUCAGGUCUCCAUUAAACAUACCAGUGUAAAGAACCAAAGAAAUAAAUAUGGGCCAAUGGAAAUAUAAUGAAAAUGUAGAGCUGCCCAGCCUCUGUUUAUGGUUGUUAAUGACCAAAUGUUUUGUGCAAUAUAUAAAAACAAAUUCUCUUGCAAUGGUAUCCUCUCCACAGCAAAUAUGCUGUCAUUUUUGUAAUUGUAAUAAUCCAGUGGGGUAGGAUUUUACUUUUUGUUUUCUAUCUGAAUAUAACUCGAUUCCAAAUGACCGGAUUGACUAAGUUUAAAAAUGGGUUUAAAGCUCAAUGAGUAUAUGUUUAUCAUUAAAAGGGAUUUUUUGAUAACAGAUUGAUGUGAUACAUGUUUUCAAUACAUAGCUUGUAACUGAUCACUCCAACUUAAGCUCAAAGCUAAGACCAAAUACAGCCAAUUAUCUUUUUGUGUAUCAUUUUCACCAUGGCUGACAAUCUUACCUUGAUGGGGUGAUUUUCAGCUCUUUGAUUAUACUUUUUUACUUCUGAGCAUUUUAAUGAUUGCUUUUCUGCACAUAAUGCAUCCUACAAUGCAUCAUUACUCUUUAUAAUUAAAGGUGUUCAACAUUUUAAA